AUGGCAAUCAACGGAGAGGCAUCACGCACUGUGCUGAUCACGGGUGCUGGCGGCUGGCUGGGAAGCAUCCUCGGGGACGCGCUGCUGGCCGACGACGCCGGCACGCAGCUCAUUCUUGCGGACAUUGUCGAGCCGCGGGCCCCCAAAGCCUCCGGGGCCGUGACGAUCAUGGCCGACCUCACAGAUCCCGCUGCCAUAGACGGGCUCUUUACGACCAGUUAUGGCCCGCCGCAAAUCAUUUACUGCCUGCAUGGCAUCAUGUCGCGCGGAGCAGAAGAUGACUUCGACCUGGGGAUGCGCGCCAACUUCGACAGCAUUCGGCUGUUGUUGAAUCGCGCGCGCGCCGAGGCCGAAAACCAACCCCCGAUCAAGUUUAUAUUCACCUCCUCCCUCGCCGUGUACGGCGGGCCCUUGCCGGACGUCGUCGGGCCGUCCACGAUCGCCACGCCCGAGGGGAGCUAUGGGUGCGGAAAGCUCAUGAGCGAGCUGCUCGUCAACGAAUAUACCCGCCGCGGCUUCAUCGACGGGCGCAUCCUCCGCCUCCCCACCAUUGUCGUCCGCCCGGGUCCACCCUCCAACGCCUCAUCUUCAUUCCUCAGCGGCAUUAUCCGCGAGCCCCUCUCGGGGGAGGUGGCAGUCUGCCCCGUCGGUGACAGCCUGUCAUCGCCUGCACUCGAGCUGCCCGUCUGGGUUGCAUCGCCAGAGACCACAAUCCGCAACUUUGUCAUUGCGAGCCACAUUCCUGCAGAAAAGUUCCUGCCCCACACACGUGCUGUUUACCUCCCCGGAUUCACCACAACGGUGCGAGAAGAACUCGAAGCCCUCCGCGAAGUGGCUGGAGAUGAAGCGCUCAAGCUCGUGACCUUCAAGGACGAUGCCACAAACCGUCGUAUUGUCGGAUCGUGGCCCGCUCGUUUUGACAACUCCUACCCACUUGGCCUUGGGUUUGUCGCCGACGAGGGUGGAAUGGUCCCUAUCGUGCGCCGGUUCAGCGAGCAGCUCGGAAAAGCGGCCCGUUUCUGA